ACUUUUUUCGUGGGCGAACUUUAUUUCUCUCCGUCGUUUUACAGACCGUUUUAAGUAACAUCAAGUUAACCCAGUAACGUACACAUUUGUGCUUCACACGGUUUCAUUGCUCCUUUUGUAGUUUACGCUAGCUGGCGGCUAAUUUUGGUUCAUCCCACUUGAUGGCGCCGACUAUUUACUGGCAUCUACCAACGCGUUGGCGCUUUUAGUAUUACUCUGCAUGAGACGCAGGUGAAGUUACCCCAGUGUGUGUGUGAGCCAGGGGAACCAGGGCAAUGUUCUACGCCCACUUUGUCCUCAGCAAACGUGGGCCGCUGGCCAAGAUCUGGCUAGCGGCCCAUUGGGACAAGAAGCUGACCAAGGCCCAUGUAUUCGAAUGCAACUUGGAGAGCAGUGUGGAGAGCAUCAUCUCACCCAAGGUGAAGAUGGCAUUGCGUACGUCAGGCCACCUGCUCCUUGGGGUGGUGAGAAUCUACCACAGGAAGGCCAAGUACCUGCUUGCUGACUGUAAUGAAGCCUUUAUCAAGAUCAAAAUGGCUUUUAGACCAGGUGUGGUGGAUUUACCUGAGGAAAACAGAGAGGCAGCCUACAAUGCCAUCACCUUACCCGAGGAGUUCCAUGAUUUCGAUCAGCCACUCCCCGAUUUGGAUGAUAUAGAUGUGGCCCAGCAGUUCACCCUGAACCAGAGCAGAGUAGAAGAAAUCACCAUGAGGGAAGAUGUUGGCAACCUCAGCCUCUUGCAGGACAAUGACUUUGCUGACUUUGGUAUGGAUGACCGGGAGAUGAUGCGUGAUGCCAGCACAUUUGAGGAGGAUAUCAUGCAUGGUGCCACAGCCUCUAACCUUUUGCUAGAGGCUGAGCCUGGUCCAGCUAAUCUCCCUGACAAGUCCAACCACAUGGAGUAUGAUGACUUUGGGGACGGCUCCAUGGGCAACAGUGACGGAGGAAUGCUUGUUGAUAAGCUACUGAGCUCUGAAGACGGAGGUGGUAUUUUUGAUGAUCCUCCAGCCAUCACAGAGAGUGUCAUGAUGCCUCCAGAUCAUGGAGAUGAUGAGGAUGACUUUGACAACCUCCAGUCACCGGGUCCAGACAGCCCAGACUCCGGUCCAGCAGAGCCACUGCCAGCUAUGGCUGACCAGACAGAACAGACGACACUGGUUCACAACGAGGAGGACGCCUUUGCCCUGGAGCCCAUCGACAUCACUGUGAAAGAGACCAAGGCGAAGCGUAAGAGGAAGCUGAUCGUGGACAGCGUGAAGGAGUUGGACAGCAAGACCAUCAGAGCCCAGCUGUCUGACUACUCGGACAUCGUUACCACCCUGGACCUCGCCCCUCCCACUAAGAAGCUCAUGAUGUGGAAGGAGACUGGAGGAGUUGAGAAGCUCUUCUCUCUUCCUGCUCAGCCUCUCUGGAACGUGAGGCUGCUCAAGAUGUUCACACGCUGCCUGACGCCUCUGGUGCCAGAUGAGCUGAGAAAGAGGAGAAAGGGCGGUGAGGCAGACAGUCUGGAUGAGUUCCUCAAAGAGCUGGAGAACCCAGAGGUGCCUAGAGAGGAGGUCAUGAGUCAGCACAGAGACGUUAUUGACCAGACUAUCAUGGAGGAGCCAAGUAUGCUUGCAGCCUCAGCAAUGGAAGGCAGUAGGACAACCCUGGAUGAGACAGUUAUGCCUCCUCCCUCCACUCCCCGUGGUGUCAAACGCAAGACCCUCGAUAAAGAGAGCACCCUUCCUAUGGCUCCCUUGGAGCAGCAGCAGGUGGCUGACCGCUCAGACUUGUCUAGAUUAGACAUGCCUCAGGUGGAUCUGCCCCCAGAGGAGAGCAUCAACCUCACCCAGCUUGUUCCUGAACUUGACCUGCUUGGAGAGAAGAGCAAAGACAAGAAGGACGACAGCGACGAAGAAGAGGAAGAGGAUGGCCAGGCUGGAGACCAGGACCAGGAGGAGAAGAGAUGGAACAAGAGAACCCAGCAGAUGCUACACGGACUCCAGCGCGUCAUGGCUAAGACAGGAGCAGACUCAGUCAGCCUGCUUGAAUUGUGCCGGAACAACAACAGGAAGCAGGCAGCUGCCAAGUUCUACAGUUUCCUGGUCCUCAAGAAGCAGCAAGCCAUCGAGGUCACCCAGACUGAGCCCUACAGCGACAUCAUCGCCACCGCUGGACCAAGAUUCCACCUUAUCUAGACAUUGGAAGAACAAACACUCUGCUUGCAACAGACAAACUUUUUUAAUUACUCAACUUUUUGCCUUUUUAUUUCGUGUUUUCCUGUCAGCCCAUUUUUUUUCUCUGGGUAAGGGGUGGGAGUAAUGGGGAAUGGGUUGGAAACUUUAAAAAAAAAAAACAUUUUACUGUACUACAGAUGGAAUCAUGCAGUAUUCAUUUGGUUCAAAUGGAGAGAGGAAGAAUGUUAAACAAUUAUAUUUAUAAAACAACAUUUUUCAGUCACCAAUUUGUAAGCUUUGCUUCAUUUUGUUUCCUUAUUUUAUAAGUUAAAUUUCCAUUGUCUUCUCAUUCCAUACAUUUUGUACCAUUGCCCCACUCACAUGGAAUAAUGCAGAUUGCCCUGUAUUUUCACAUGAAAUCCCGUAUUGACUCUAUACAUGUUAUGGAAAGGUACUGUUUUUAUUGCUCAGAAGUGUAACCUCUCCCACCUCCUCCGUGUUGCACUUGAUAAACAAAAAGGUUAAUCUGUCAAAAAAGACGAUUGGUAAAGCUCACCUGGCAUUAAAUAUCAUGUCUCAGAUGUAUAAUUCAGGCAGUUUAUCAGUUAAAUUUCAUGUAAUAUUUUUCUUUUGUACUUUACGUUUAUGCUUGUUCACCUUUUUGCAUUAUCUAACUAGGCAAUGUACUUGUUACAGUUAAGUUCAGUAUCCCACCUUUGUAGUCUUCGGGUAAGUUCUAGUUGUGAUACAUCUGUAAAGAUUUGAAAUAAAGUGUUUUAAGUA